CGCAUAUUGUGUCUUUGAUAAUCAAAUUAAAUAAAAUUUACUCUAUUUUGAUUUUAAACCGUAGACCUUCUGUAGGAACAUAAAGUUUACGAUAUAACGUAUUUAAUCGGUAGAUUUGCACGCGAAUAACAGUUAUCAUUGUCGUCUCUCGUCACGUGUAAACACAAAACCAUAAUAAUACGUGAGUGGGCAACCUUGAGACAGGCAGUGGUAAACUCUCAAGCGUGUAGGUAACAACUAAUUUGCCCGUCUCCGCGAUUCGUGUGAAAGUACAACGCGACAAUCGUGCUUCGAAUUAAAUCGCGCAACUUAACAAGAGCAAUCCAAGAUUUAUAUAAUUUAUUGCGAGGCAAUCGUGUGUACAGCGUAUAUAUAGCGAUUGCAAAUCCUUGAUGACGAGACGCAGGCUGCGCAAGCGAUCGCGGCAGGCGGUCCUUCAGAAGAACGUCCGGUCGAGGCUUUCCAACUCGAAGAAUGAAGACGAGGAGAGGAGCGUCUUGUCGCGUACGCGUUCUCCGGAAUCGGUGCUGUUCGAGUCGCAACACGUGGACCCGCUGUGCGGCGAUAAACUCAGUCCGGAGCUCGUCCCCAGGCGACGUACAACGAGGUCGGAAGACCUCAAGGACGAUCGGGAGAUCGACGAUGGGGUCGUCGCGCAGAUGUUGAAGCAAUCGAGCCCGAUCUCGCGCAAGGGCCACGAGUUGGAUCUAUCGCUGUGCGACUUGAAGCGCGGUGACGAGCGCAUAAAUGACUUUCCCAAUUUAGAGGACUCCAGAGAACGCGAGCUCCGGGACGCCACCAAGUCGAUCGUCGACGACCCGUUCGACCUCACGAAAGACUACUCGUUUAAUCUAUCGUCCUCGAGCAACGAACAGAGUAACAACGGAACCGUCGGCGAGACGGCCCGUCGAAGUGUCUUGGGGUCUCGCUUGGUAUCGAACUCGCGCGACGAUGUACGCGCUUUCGCGAGCGUCCCGGGGCCCGCGAGCUUCGAAAAGGGAUCUUUCGGAGCGAGAGCGGAUCAGGAUCGUUAUAAUAUACUUGAAACGAUGAACGAUUGUUACAUGUUGAACAAGACGCUUUCGGUCAACGACAGUCUCGCGCUCAAGAUGAACGGCUAUCCGGACGGAUGGACGUCGACGGCCACCGUCGGCGAACCAGGAGGAGAUCGUGUCUCGGAACUCCCGGCUCGCAGACCCGACGACGCACCGCGAGACGACCCGGACAGAAAGAGGAGGGCGGCAUCGAGCUGCAACAAGAGAUUCGACCUCGCGCUCGAGAGGCUUGGCGAGCGUUUGACGGCGAACUGGCGCGAGUUCCGGAGGAUCUUCGCGCAUCUGCGGCGGUCGGGCAGGAGGACUCGCGGCGGGAGCGCCCUGGACUACCGCGGUGAGUCCUUCCUGCACAGAUACAGGAGAUUUCCUUACGUCUCCGUCUCGACGUUGUCCCUGCCCGCGUCCGUCCCUCGCACGCCCUCGCCGAAGCGGGCGAGUCGCGACAGGGCCCGCGAGUCCGCGGGAGCGAAGCGAGAAGCCGAGGCAACGGGGAUUCCAUCGGAAACCACGACGCCUCGUAUCGGCCAGGUGAAAUACUGCCGCCGAACGAUCUUGACGUUCGGGGACGAGGACGAGGAGAAGGCGGCCAGGCACCGGCAACCGGCAUCCCGCGCGAACACAGCGGAUCCGCUUUCGGCGGGCAGGAGGAAGGGCAAGGGACGUUCGUGUCUGCUAGAUCCACCGAUGUUCUCCGAUGAAGCGCGCCGGGACGACGGUAUUCCGGAAUCGGCGGUCGCCUCUGAACUGUCCGAUCACGAUGGUGACGGCGGUUCCCCGCGAAAGAUAGAACAUCAUUGGGACGACACUCCUUGUAAGCCCAAAACGCCGCAAAACGUCGCAACGCCUCGAGACUCCCGCGGCCACGUAACUCGAAGAAACACGGUAAUCGCAUGGCUGAUCGCUGCCUGUAUUUGGCUGAUACAAAAAUUGCUGGAUCUCGUGAAUGCCAGUUAUAACAAGCUACGACAGAAACUGACUGUGGUCCCGCCCUCGUCGAAUUGUUGCACUGAGAAAUUUGAUUGUCUGAUGGAGACAAUGAGCUCCCACAGCGAGAUGUUACACGUAAUGUCGGAGAAAAUGACGCGACUCUCCGAAGAUUUUGUUCAAAAACAAAGAAUCAUCGAAGCAACCCUUAAUGCUCUGACAGCCGAGAUGAACGUCUUUCGUGAAGCUAAUAAAAAAAUGACGGACGAUAAUGUGGCACUGCUACGGGAGCUAAAGAAAUUGCACGAAAUGUUGGAAGUUCGAAUGAAAUCUUUACCUACGGUCACUUUACUCUGCUCAAGUUCUUCAUCUUCGCCUCCUUCAUCUUCACCACCGCUGCCACCACCUCCUUCUCCUCCUCCACCUCCACCUCCUCCUCCGCUACCCUCUUUGGAAUUUCCAUUACCUCCGCCUCCGCCUCCACCGCCACCACCACCACCAAUGCCACCAUUUCCUCUUUUAUUUCCACAUAAAGCACACAUCUCGGAAUCAGCAUCGACGAUACCACCACCGCCUCCUCCGCUCCUUCCAUCAGUUCCCUUGCCAUCUCCAAUGUUAUCGUUACAAACGACUCCCAACAGCAGCAAAAGUAAAAAGAUUAGAACACCCACAAGAAAGUGCUCCACGCCAUUGUUCAACAGGCCUAACAUCACCGUCGAGGACCUGUUGAAAGUCACCUUGAGAAAAGCUCCACAAAGUAUCAAGGAGAACAGGCGGAACACUGCGUCAGGCCCAAGAGGUCCGGUCGUGUCCUUGGAAAUGUUACGCAAUGUGAAGCUGAAGUCUGCGAAGCGCAGGCUCGCCGACCAAGGGAGAUCGCCCAGAAACGGCCGAGUCGUUAAAGGACGAAUCAUGUCGAAUGUAAAUCUUUCGCCGAUCUUGACCGGAUCGGAAGGCGAUCUCGAGCGGAUCCUGCGACAAGUGGAUCUGAACAGACCGAGGAGACUCCUGUCUGGCUCAAACAGCUUCCGCGAGCGCGAUUUUGUAAAGGAGAAGCCGCAUUACUCGUUGGAAACGUUAAUGUGUAACCAAUCCACGCUUGAAUGAGUAACCGCAAUCUCGAGUAUGGAUCGUGACAUCAGAAGCGAGAAAGUUACGUGAAUUUUUAGACUUGUACUAUACAUCGAAAUAAUUAAUUUCCUUCUUGCAUAUCAUAUAACUCGCAUUGAACAUAUAUUAGAUUUAUGAAAUUUUAUAAAGACUUAUUGAUCAAUUUGUAUUAUUAAACAUGACUAGGAAAAAUUAAUUUGUCACAAUAUGUAACGCAAGGGAAAAGAAAUUGACCACUUCGCUUCUGAUGCCAUAAUCUUCUAUGACAAUGCAAAUGGGAGCAAAACUUUAAAAAAAUUUAAAUUACAUUAAUACAAAAGCUACCUAAUAUAGUAACUAUCUAUAUAACACUAUAAUGAGGGAUCAGAAAUAUUAAAAAAUUUAAAUCAUUAAUACGGACGUAUGACACUUAUCAUAUAAAAUUAAAAUAUUCAUAUUUAACACUUAAAUUAAUAUCUAACUCGAGAGCUCCAAGCUCUUCGCCGCGUAGCUUUCCUACAUCUGGCUGGCCGAAAAUUUAAAUUAACUUCUUUAAUAAAACUGUGACCAAGGCAUAGAUUCAUAAUUACUUUAUUUGUAGCUUUCAUGUGUGUGGUUUUACAGAAAAAAAGAUUGUAUCCGGUGUGUAUUCGCAUCGAUUGUAAUACAGAGCGUAAAAACGCAUGGCGGAUCCAAGAAUGUAAAAUCAAUUCCUCCGAACGAUGAUGAAAACAAAGCAUUGCUUCGCGCCUACUACUCGUUCAUGGCGAUCCGAUUCUCGUCGAAACCAAUGAAACCGAACAGAUUAAAAGUUAGCUUGAAAUUUACAUAGGUUUCGAAAUUAUUCAGAUGGUCUCUGAUUUAUGUUCUACGAACAUAUAACCGGGAUAUUGCCCAACAGGGCUAAUAAUUCAUCGGCGUUCAGAGAUCGCUACCAUCAUUUGUUGCCACCUGACGCGUUCCUCUCUCGUUUGUUUUUUGCUUUCACGUAGCUAAAUUCCUUAAAACACUGCCGCACAGAUACAUGCUAUGUACUUGAGAAAUAUAUUUAUAUAUAUGCGCGUGCGUUUUACAGCCUACGACGGCAUCCGCCUCGCUCCGCAGUUCUUAAUUUAGAGCUCUGUUUACCUUGCACACAGUUUUCGCGCGAUUUAAUCUUCACGAUUAUAAUCGACUCCGAUCAUAUCAUAUACUCGAGUUGAUCCUACCCGAGUUACUCGGAUGAUCCCUCGCGUCGAGAUUUAUAUUUCUUCGUUUUCUUCUUUCCCUUCUCUUUAGCCUACUUAUUACGUUCUUACAAUUACAUUCGCGAAUAUACUUACUUACUUUACGAGAGCCGGUUGAUAUUAUUUUGAAUUAUUCCUCAUAACGUGUCAUUUGUAACAUGAUUAUCAAUUUUUAUCGUUACAAUACCUAAAUACAGGGGCACGAUGGACACCAA